UCUCCACACUGAAUUCCUCCCUUCCAGCCUGUGCGCACAUACUGGCUUGUCAUAGUCGCGGAUAGAGCUCAGUUUUGGACCCACAGAACUUAGACUCUUCCCCUGCUACUCUGCGGAGCUUUUUCUCACCCCCUUUUCCUCCUUGAAAAUUCUUUUUGGAUAUUCUUUUUUUUUUCUUUUUCCAUUUUUUUUUUUUGGUGCGUUUUUUUUUUUUGGUGGUGCGCCUUUUUCAGCUUUAUGGGACGUGAUGUAAACCCCCGCACAGAAGGACGGACACGGACGCCUGUGCCAUAAAGGGAUGUAAGGGACAAGUGCCGUGGAUACAACCCGUGUUUGUGUGUGUUCUCCCUCCCCCCCCCCCCGGUGACACAUCACCAGGACGCGGAUUCUUGCAGAUCAAGAUAAAAGAAGCGAUUUUUGACGCGGAUAUUGAACGGACGCAACUAUUUGGAUGCGUUGUCCCCCUCGACUCUUUUUUUUUUUUUUUUUUUUUUUUUUUCCUUCUUUAAGUCUCAUUCUUCAGCCACACACGGACAUUCGAGAAAUAAUCACAAACACUUUGGAUGGAAAGACCCGAGCUUGAUCCAUCUUCUCACCAGUAAUUUCCAAAUACGCGGACAGAACAUGGUUACACUUUCUGGAAUGUGAUACGCAGGAUUUCUCGGCAGAUCAUUCACAAAAGCGCAUUCCGUCUCCCGCCCAGAUUUGUGACGGCAUCUGGCAUCGGAGCAACGCCGCUUGUGGUCUUGUGGGAAGAGCGGUGCAAGUGGAAGGAAGCGUGCCAUAAAGGAAGUACCCGAUCGAAGCGUUUGCCAGCACAGGGCUGCGUUCUGAACCCUACUGGGACCUUGAGCAGCGGGCGGUAAGAGGAGGAGGAGGCCAUGUGGACCGCACGCCUGCUAGUCCUCGCCAGCCUCUUCGCACCAGCCGCUCUGGCUUUCAGUCGAGCGCCCAUACCCAUGGCGGUGGUGAGGAGGGAGCUAUCAUGCGAGAGCUACCCCAUAGAGCUGCGCUGCCCGGGCACCGACGUCAUCAUGAUCGAAAGCGCCAACUACGGCCGCACCGAUGACAAAAUCUGCGACGCAGACCCGGCGCAAAUGGAGAACACUCGGUGUUACCUCCCAGACGCGUACAAGAUCAUGUCUCAAAGAUGUAAUAACCGGACCCAGUGCGCCGUCGUGGCUGGACCGGAUGUAUUCCCCGAUCCUUGCCCUGGAACCUACAAAUACCUGGAAGUCCAAUACGAAUGCGUUCCCUACAAAGUGGAACAAAAAGGCUCCUCAGUAUUCCUGUGCCCAGGGCUUCUACGCAGGGUCUACCAGAGCGAGCACCUGUUCGAGUCGGACCACCAGUCCGGAGCCUGGUGCAAAGACCCUCUCCAAGCCACCGAUAAGAUCUACUACAUGCCGUGGACGCCCUACCGCACCGACACGUUGACCGAAUACUCAUCCAAAGAAGAUUUCAUAGCAGGAAGGCCGACAACAACCUACAAACUCCCACAUCGCGUCGACGGAACCGGCUUCGUGGUCUAUGACGGGGCGCUCUUCUUCAACAAGGAGCGCACUCGUAACAUCGUCAAGUUUGACCUGCGGACUCGUAUCAAGAGCGGUGAGGCCAUCAUUGCCAACGCCAACUACCAUGACACCUCGCCGUACCGCUGGGGAGGCAAGUCAGACAUCGACUUAGCCGUAGAUGAAAACGGUCUUUGGGUGAUCUAUGCCACCGAACAGAACAACGGUCGGAUUGUCAUCAGCCAGUUAAAUCCCUACACAUUGCGGGUUGAAGGGACCUGGGACACGGCUUACGACAAGCGCUCGGCAUCCAACGCGUUCAUGAUCUGUGGAAUUCUCUACGUGGUGAAGUCGGUGUAUGAGGACGACGACAACGAAGCAACAGGAAACAAGAUCGACUACAUCUACAACACCGAGCUGAGUAAAGAUGGCUAUCUGGACAUCCCUUUCCCCAACUCCUAUCAGUACAUAGCUGCUGUGGAUUACAAUCCCAGGGACAAUCUGCUGUACGUUUGGAACAAUUACCAUGUGGUGAAGUACUCGCUGGACUUCGGCGCACUGGACAACAGACUCGAGUCGUCCUCGUCUGUGAUGGUGUACAUGGACGCCACCACCACCACCACCAGGACCACAACCCGUCCCACCACUGUUACCUUGACGACGACGACACCCAGGAUGACCACGGCGAAGGGUCCCAGCUCGACGACGCCGUUCGCCCCGUGGCCGCGGACCACGACGACGGUGGCGGCUCCGGUGCACACAGUGGUGGAAGGUUUGGAUCCGGAAGAUGGCAACAGAUCGCCGUCCUCAUCCAAGCUCCCCAACGUCAGGGUGGAAUACUGCAAUCCUCUGGUGAUGAUGGACAUCUCAUGGCCGAAGACGAAGCAGGGCCUGGUGGCGAAGAUGGCCUGUCCAGCUGGAACUAUAGGUGUGGCCUCCUACACAUGCGUGGGUCCCGAGGGCUACUGGGACCCCCAGGGGCCCGACUUUGGCAACUGCACCUCCCCCUGGGUCAACAUCAUCAGCCAGAAGAUAAAAGCUGGUGAGACGGCUGCCGUUAUUGCUAGAGAGCUAGCAGAGCAAACUAAAAGUAAUCUCCAGGCAGGAGACAUCACCUACACAGUCAAGGCCAUGGUUCAGCUGGUGGAUCUCCUGGACGUGCAGCUGAGAAACCUCACCCCAGGUGGCAAGGAUAGUGCAGCCCGAAGCCUCAACAAGCUGCAGAAAAGAGAACGCUCUUGCCGGUUUUAUGUUCAGGCUAUGGUGGAGACGGUCAACAAUCUGCUGCAGCCCCAGGCCCAGGUGGCGUGGAGGGAGCUGAGCACCGGCGAGCAGCUGAGGGCCGCCACCAUGCUACUGGACACAGUGGAACAGGGCGCCUUCGUCCUGGCCGACAACCUGCUCAAGACCGACAUCGUACAAGAAAACACAGACAACAUCCAGCUGGAGGUAGCAAGAAUGAGCACAGAUGGGAAUUUGCCUGAUCUGAAGUUCCCACAAACAGGAGGACAGGGCAACGCAAUCCACCUCUCUGCCAACACGCUGAAGCAACAUGGACGAAACGGUGAAAUUCGGAUAGCGUUUGUCUUGUACAAACACAUCGGGGUGUACCUUUCAACGGAGAACGCCAGCAUGAAGUUGGGCAGCGAAGCAAUGGCGACCAAUUACUCCGUCAUCGUCAACUCCCCGGUCAUCACCGCCGCCAUAAACAAGGACUCUAACAAAGUCUACCUCUCUGACCCGGUGAUUUACACCAUCAGACACCUACAGCAGUCAGAGGAGAACUUCAACCCCAACUGUUCAUUCUGGAGCUACUCCAAGCGAACCAUGACGGGUUACUGGUCGACGCAGGACUGCCGCUUACUGGGCACCAACCGGACGCACACCACAUGUUCCUGUACCCAUCUCACCAAUUUUGCCGUCCUCAUGGCCCACGUAGAUGUCAAGAACAAAGACCCGGUCCACGACAUGCUCCUGGACGUCAUCACCUGGGUGGGCAUCCUCCUGUCUCUGGUCUGCCUCCUCAUCAGCCUCUUCACUUUCUGCUUUUUCCGCGGCCUCCAGAGCGAUCGCAACACCAUCCAUAAGAACCUGUGCAUCAGCCUGUUCAUCGCAGAAUCCCUGUUCCUGGUGGGGAUCAACCGAGGCGACCAGCCGAUUGCCUGCGCCGUCUUCGCCGCCCUGCUCCACUUCUUCUUCCUGGCGGCGUUCACGUGGAUGUUCCUGGAGGGCGUGCAGCUCUACAUCAUGCUGGUGGAGGUGUUCGAGAGCGAGCAUUCGCGCAGACGGUACUUCUACCUGGUGGGAUACGGAGUUCCUGCGCUUAUUGUGGCUGUUUCGGCUGCGGUGGACUAUCGCAGCUACGGGACCGACCGAAUAUGCUGGCUUCGCCUGGACACCUACUUCAUUUGGAGUUUCAUAGGACCAGCAACCUUGAUAAUUAUGCUCAAUGUGAUCUUCCUGGGCAUCGCUCUAUACAAGAUGUUCCAUCACACGGCCAUCUUGAAACCAGAUUCCGGUUGCCUGGACAACAUCAACUACCGUUAUUAUGAUGGAUGUGUUAUUGUAGAGUGGCACUGCUAUCAGGAUUAUGAGCCUGAGAUCAAAUCGUGGGUGAUCGGAGCCAUCGCCUUGCUGUGUCUGCUGGGACUCACCUGGGCCUUUGGACUCAUGUACGUCAACGAGAGCACGGUUGUCAUGGCCUACCUGUUCACCAUCUUCAACUCCCUGCAAGGAAUGUUCAUCUUCAUCUUCCACUGUGUCCUGCAGAAGAAGGUGCGCAAGGAGUAUGGGAAAUGCCUGCGAACUCACUGCUGCAGCGGUAAAAGCGUGGACAGCUCCAUCGGUUCUGGAAAAGGCACGGCCUCUCGGGCUCCGGGACGUUACUCCACAGGGUCACAGAGUCGCAUCCGUCGAAUGUGGAACGACACGGUCAGAAAACAGUCUGAGUCGUCUUUUAUGACCGGUGACAUCAACAGCUCUGCAUCACUCAACCGAGGGGCUAUGGCUAACCAUCUUAUACCUAAUGCACUCCUACGUCCUCAUGGCACUAACAAUCCCUAUAAUACAUUGCUUGGGGAAUCGGCAGUCUAUAACAACCCUCUGGGCAUGUACAACACACAAGAGCCCUACAGAGAGACAAAGGGAAUCCUGAACAAUGCCCGGGAUACAAGUGUCAUGGAUACUCUACCACUGAAUGGUAACCAUGGCAACAGCUACAGCAUCGCCAGCGCUGACUACAUGAGUGACUGUGUCCAGAUCAUUGACCGGGGCUAUAACCACAAGGAGACCACCCUGGAAAAGAAGAUCCUGAAAGAGCUGACCUCCAAUUAUAUCCCCUCCUACCUCAACAAUUCCCACGAGCGCUCGACCGAGCAGAACCGGAACCUCAUGAAUAAGCUGGUGAAUAACGUUAGCAACGGCGGCAAGGACAGCGGCUACGGGAUGGGCUUGGGAGUAGGGAUGGGCAUGAAUGUUGCUCUGGGCCUGGACGAUCACUCCACCUUUGGUCCGCAUCACGACGAAGGCCUGGGCCUGGAGCUGAUCCGCGAGGAGUCCAACGCCCCGCUGCUGCCUCAAAGACCGCCGCCGUCCCUGCAGGCGGUGGACAACCUUCACAAUCACCUCCACCAGCCGGUGCCGCCGCCCCUCCCGCUGCCCCACCACCCGUUUUCCUCCGCCACCACGUCCUCGUCGUCUCGGAGGCGGAUCCCCCAGGAGAACAGCGAGAGUUUCUUUCCGUUACUUACUAACGAGCACACCGAGGAUGAGGGCUCGUCGCCCAGCCACAACCACCAGAGAGACUCCCUUUACACCAGCAUGCCCAUGCUGCCCGGCCUGCCCGACGUGUCCGCAGAAUCCGCCGACGGCUCCAAAGACGGCGGUGACGCCAAGAGCCCCGAGGCCAGUUCGGAUGACGUUUACUACAAGAGCAUGCCGAACCUGGGCUCUCGUAACCACCUCCAUCAGCUGCACUCCUACUACCAGCUGGGGCGGGGCAGCAGCGACGGCUUCAUCGUGCCCCCCAACAAAGAGGAUCUAACCCCCGAGGAGGCGCAUCAAGAGGCCUCACACCUGGUCACCAGCCUAUAGGCCCCUCCAACCACCACACCACCUCCAACAACACCAACCCAGCAGCAGCGUCCCUUCUGUUACCGUAGUCCUCUUCUUCUCUUUCCCGUGUCCUCUUGUUCUAUCAGUCGUUGGCAGUGGUAGCCUUUGUUUUUAAUCUGUGUCCCGAAGACUGAGGCGGCGCUGAUAAACUGAACCCCCUCCCCGCCAGAAACCGGAUAGUAGUCACUACAUACGGAGUUUGUACUUUAAGUCUGGUUCAACGCGUGGGAAUCUGUGGACGUCGCUUUCCCUGCUCGAACUGUGUGUUGCUUUCAACGUGUGAAAACAGACUCACGUGGGAGUUUUAAGGAACUGCAUCGGCCCAAACUGUACCAGUCUGAACCACAGACUCCAACCAGAAUAAAUGGGAAAUUAAAAAAAAAAAAAAAAGACUAUUUUAUUACACUUCUGUAUCGAUAUUGACUUUUUCAAAGAUUUUCUUCCUCUUUGGUGAGUUGCAGCACAUUUUUUUUGCUGAAGUGUCCCUUCAAUGAAAAAAAAAAGACAAAAAAAAAAAAAAAACACACACUUUGAAAAAUGACCAUGAAGGAAUUACUGAUUGUAUGCUUUCAAGCAUAGCCGUUCAUUUUUUUCCCUUUCAUUUUACCGUAACUACAGUUGUUAAAAGAGGGAGAGAAAAAAACUAAUAAGAGAAUUAUGAGAUAUUUCUAUGUAAUUGUACAGAUAACUAGCAUUGCACAUAAUAGUAUGCUUUUUUUGUUCUGAGCAAACCCUUUUGUCUUUGUAAAUGUAGUGGUUAGGAGCAAUUUUGUUCUGUUGUGCUGGCCUCUCUGGGUUUCUGGUACCAGUCUUGUUUUUGUUUCCUCUUUUAUCACUUUUUAAGAAAUGACCAUCUGAAUAGGAACAAAAUAACACAAAAAAUAAUCACAGCAAAAAAAUUACCGUGCAGGCAUUUUUGUGCUUUUGUUUCAGGUCUGUUUUUUUGUUCUGGUUUGAUUUUACUUUUGUUGUUCUUCAGCUUUCUUUCUUUCUUUUCUUUAUUUUUUUUACUGUGUAGAUAGCAGAGUUCAGAUCCAGUGAUGGUUAAGGAGACUAAACCCGGUCGGAGUUAAUCACGAUGGUUCGUUCUGCAUGUCUACUGGCAUUCAGAAAACGCUUGUGCUUCUCAGAACGAGAACAAACUGAACAUUGAUGAGCACUAGGCACUUGUACAAAA